AUGAACGACGGACCAGAAAGCCAUCACUUUGGCAACUUGUGGCCCGAACAAAACACCGACGCACAACCUAAUCAAUACGCCAGUCCCGAGGGUUCCGACCACACUGCCCUCCAGUCCCUAUACUCUGCCUUCAUUCAUGCUUGGAAGGAUGGUGGAUCAAUGAUCCCUGCCUUUUCCAAGAGAGACGAAUCUUUGCCACAGGGAGCUAUAUGGCACAAGAGCAUUUUCCAAGAUACAAUCUGUCCUGGAGGAGACUCGAAUGUCAAAUACUUCCAAGCACCAAACGCUAACGCGGCUGGCUGGACAGUCGACGUUGUAAGUAAUGGCAAGAGUAUUGGCUCCAAAGUCCUGGAGACGGGCCUUAACUAUGGCACUGUCGAGGAUGGUAUUCAAGAGGGCACUCAGCGACUCGUUAUCCAGAAUGGCAAGACCAUUGUUGCUGGAACAGAUCGUGGAAGGUGUCUAGCCCAAACUUGCCACGAUGGCAUCUACAACUUCAAUCCUCAAGUCAUGGCGGUCAAGGCCGACUACGAUAAUACGGACUGCUGGCAGGUCGAAGGCGAACCCUUCUUGGACUGGGCAAAGGGAGAAGUGUUGGGCGUUACACUGGGCCCUCGAGCCGCCAGUGCCGACCCUGACCAUGGCCAUGAUCAUGACUCAAUUUACCAUAACCCUUUCGAGGGAUACCUCAACUGCAAGUAUGACGAGAAAAAGGCCAUCCGCCAAUCAUGGCUAGACAUAGUCACGAUCCUGAAAAGAAUGCCUCCCUUCGAUUCAGAUGGGCUGCUAGAGACGAGAAAUUUCGGAGCUGACAUGCCGGAAAGGAAGGCUGAUGAAGCAUUCAUUAGAAAUGUUUUCACGAAUCUCAAAAGAUUGUAUUUGUAUCCUUCGGAAAGGGAUAAGAGAAAGAUUCGCAUCUCCUGCAAGGAGGAUAUUCCACGUUACAAUGGGGACAUGAAUCAGACAUGCGGAGAUUUGACUUUGCAAAAUGGCAAAACGCAGAAGAUUGGCGGCUAUGCCUUUGACGAUGCAACAAGUUCCCCAGGCGGCACCAUUGUUCUAUGCGAUACCUUCUUCCUACCAGGACAAGAGCACCUAGCGGCUGUCCAAGAGCAACUUGACAGGGACAAGUCGUUACGGAAGUCUUCAGUUGACAUGAAUGGUAAAUACCGGUUGUUGCUCCACGAGAUGGUCGGAACCAUUCAGCUGGAGGGGCAUGGGAUUCAGAUUUUGCUGACCUUUGCGCUAGAGGAGGAUGUGGUUAUCAUAGAUGAGUACUGGACUGAGGAUCAACAGACGAACGAGUACAAAGCGUACAUGCCCAAAGGGGUCGAGAAGCUUGCGGCGAAGAAAAGAGUCCGUAAAAGGACAAUUUACAACGCCGACACUUACGCGUGGUACGCAGUCGAGAAAUUCUUUACAGCAAUUUACGGGGAACCCCCAAACGGCGUCUUGACUAAAGACGAAUACGAUGAGCCUACCAGUACUACCAAAACCGAGCCAAAGCCAACACAAUACCCAACAACGUACGACUGUGACGGUAGUGGGAUCUGUGAUCUUCCAUCCUGGAAAAACAUGUACGCCAAGUAUUGUGACCACGCUGUCAACUCGUUGAUCCGCAACGAUGACAAAAACUAUGGCGACGGCAAAGGCAUCGAUGGUAACUGCUGGGGCGAUUCAAGUGGCAAUGGGUGUGUUGUCUUUGUUACAGGCAAAAACUGUGUUCUCAGUGGUAACGAAAUGUGGUGGAAGUACCAGGACUUGAGAGACAGUACGAAGGGAGAUUGUGGUAGAUGCGGCAGUGUUCAUUAUGGCGACGGCUGCCGAUUUACUGUCAACUAUAAGACUGGAUGCGAUAACAGGUAG